AUGAACGAUGAGUCUCGACGAAAAAAUUGUGAAAAAAAGAUCAUGGACGAGUUUCUUCGACAGCAGCAUCUCGCUAUCCAAUCCUCCGGUCUUGUCCCUACCAAGGAUAGGGCGGCCGGUUCCCUGUUACUAAAGCAACCAAACUUUGUAUCCGUUCCUCUGCCCUCCACCCGACGAGACCGAUGCAAUUAUUGUCUGAAUAAAACGACGCUGCAAUGCUGCUCGCGGUGUCAUUCCGCUUACUUUUGCAGCAACGAGUGUUUUCGAAACGCAUGGCUCCACUUUCAUCGAGAACUGUGUGAACCGCAAGAAUACGAUAUCUAUAAAUCCGUCGAUGUGGAUCGCUGGCUUUUCGAAAGAGUGAUCCUUACCCUGGACAGUCACGUUCAUCUGAAUAAGCAGCAUUCCUACGCCAUGGAAGCCCUCCAAAAGGUGCCUUGUCCUACCUCCGAUUCAAUGCCCGAUGCACUGGCGGCAUUUCAAUGCUUGCCUGGCACCACCCUGACUCGGGAGCAACAGUCCGCGCUAUGGCAACGGGUGCGCUAUUCUUGUUUUCCUAUUGUCGAUCCCGACCAGCGACUGGAACCUGUGGCGGUCGGUCUGUUUCCUCUCACGGCAGCUUUCGUCGGUCACUCUUGUCGUCCCAAUACCGGUAUCAUUUACAAAGGCAACACUCAGAUUCUCGUCGCUUUGCGUGAUAUUGAGUCCGGCACACCCAUCACCGUGAACUACGUCGACUUGAUCGCUACAAAGAAACAACGUACCGCCGCAUUACGUCAACGGUUUGGACCCGAUUAUGCUUGCCAGUGCAGUCGAUGUGUGGGAGAAUACAGUGAGUUGGAUCGAUUGUUGGACGAAGCGAAUCAGAACGAACCAUGGACGGUGGAGGCGCUGAAACAACAGUUCAAGACAUGGAGUGUCUUGGAUAUGGCCAAACAGUAUGCGACCAAAGAUGCCGCCAGUUGUUCACCGCCUGUUGAACCUCUGGAUGCGCCCAACUUUUCACAUUAUACAAGUCGUAUCAUGGCGCCUGAUCUGUAUUAUCCCACGCUGAACCUUCCGUUCCGAAAAAAUCAGCGAAAAUUCCACACUUACACGGUCGAACACGACGAACGUGCAUUACGAGCCCUUCAUGCGCUUUGCCAAGGACCGACUAUACCCGCGUUAUCGCUCUCUUCCAUCGUUACCACUGAAAAGCUGCUCGCUCAAUACAUGGCGCACGAUCGUUGGGUUGAAGCUUCCAGGGCCGCCCUGUAUCUGUUUGUCGUUUACCGAUUAAUUUACCCUCCUUUACAUCCUCAGUUAGCCUACCACUUGGUAGUACUGGCCCGAGCCAGUUGGAAUUCACUGGUGCAAUUGGAAUUGGCCGGUAUUGGAAAGAAGCUGGAACGGAUCUAUGAAAACGGCGUACGUACAUGGAUCGAAAUUGCCCGCGAUGCCGUCGCAAGCACCUUUGGACAGAGCACCAGUCUUUGGCGGGAAAUCAUUGAAUUGCAAUGGGUCUUUGAAAGAGAUCAAAAGUUAAAGUAAUGUACACCGUGAUGAUGGCUUGGUUGGAAAAAAAAAUAAGCAUCAUCAAUGAUUAUUAUUAUUGUCACUAUUACUAUUUUUUUGUUUUGUUCUUUUUUUUUUCCUGGAUCAUCUCUUACAGUACUUUUUUUCCCCUUUUGGUUUACACACACAAGUCACCCUAUAAUAUUCACAAUAAAAAACCAAGAACAAAAAAAAAAAAAAAAGAAAAAAG